AUGAUGGCAAACAAAGAUCUUCGUAAUGGUGUUGCUGACUCUGAUGGUGAAAGCUCCAGGAGCAAGUUGUCAAGACCCAAUUUUGAGGCUAACAAAGGUUACCCAGAUGAGAAAGAUGUUGUUUUUCUGAAGGAUUCAGAGAUGGGUGGUUCUAGCAAUAACAACGGUGUUGGUAGUAACUCAGGUAUGCAAGAACUAACCCUAAGCUAUCUUUGUGGAAGUAAAAAAUUGAGUCUUGCUGAUAAAGAUGUUCAUGGUGAUGGUGAUGGUGAGAGUUUUCUGAAUUCUUUUGAAAAAAUGAGUCAGAAGGGUAAAGAGGUUAUGGUUUCUGAGAAUUCAAACCAAGAUGGGAAAUGGGUUGAAAGAGAUUUUAUGAGCUUGAGUGAAACAAGAGAGGAUUCUUCAAAGAGAUCUGUUGAAGAAGAAGAUGUUGAGAGAGAAAGAGAGAGUGUUAGGGAUAAGAAACCGAAGCUUGAGACACUGAAUCUCUCUCUUGCUUUACCUGAUGUGUCUCUUUCUCUUACUGCAUCGAAUGCCUUACAUGUUAAUGGUGAUCAGCAACAGCAACUGGUUAGGACCAAACCUUGUAGGCCUUCAACUACGGUUACUAGUUAUUCAACUGAUUAUACAGCACCUUCUUUGUCUUACUCUUAUUCGCACCCGUUUUCGCAUAAUCCAAGUUGCUCUCUAACGCGGAAUUCGACGGAGAAUUUUGAGUUUUCGAUGAGCAAAGAUGAUCAUAUUUGGAACUGUGGUGAAGGGACUAAUGGUUCUGUUCAUAGCAGGUUUAAACCUAUAGGUGACGGUGUUGUUGGUUUGUCGAAUCAUGGAGGUGGAACCGGUAUCAGUUCGUUCAUGCAACAAGGGAAUAAUAGUCAGUAUAAAACUACUAGUUCGGAGAAUCAUUCUUUUUUUCCGUCUGAAUUGCCUGCUAGACCUAGAUUUGAAGCUCAUUCAGGGGAUUCAAGAGGAAGAAACUCUGAGAAUUUGAGAGUGUUUGAAGGUUUAGAGGGUGGUAAGGUGAGGAAUGUUUCGAGACCGGAAAGAAUUGUUAGGGAAAUUGUUUCAGAAUCUAUCCCUAUUGUUUCACUGACGGUUCAGGAGUUUGGCGAUGAAGUCGUAGCAUCGACUCAGGAAUACUUGAAGAAUCUGAUUGAGAACAAGAAAGAAGAAUUAGUCAGCCUUCAAAACCGGCUUGAGAGAAGGUCCGAUCUUACCAAGGAGACUCUUUCAAAGGGCAAUAAAGUUCAGUUAGAGAUUUUACUUGCCGUCAAGAUGGGGCUGUCGAGCUUCUUAUACGGUAAUCUUCAAUUAUCUGAGAUGAUAGAGAUUUUCUUGUAUAGGAGAUGUAGAAACGUUACCUGCAAGAGUUUGCUUCCUGUUGAUGAUUGUGACUGUAAGAUUUGCUCGGGAAACAAAGGGUUUUGUAGCUCUUGUAUGUGUCCUAUUUGUUUGAACUUCGAUUGCGCAAGUAACACUUGUAGCUGGAUUGGAUGCGAUGUUUGUUCGCACUGGUGCCAUGCUGUCUGUGGCCUCCAAAGGAAGCUCAUCAAACCAGGGCCAAGCUUGAAGGGGCCUUCUGGGACCUCGGAAAUGCAGUUUCAUUGUAUUGGAUGCGGACAUGCCUCGGAAAUGUUUGGAUUCGUCAAAGACGUGUUCAUGUGUUGUGCUAAGGAUUGGGGACUUGAAACUUUGUUGAAAGAGCUUGACUGUGUUAGGAGGAUUUUCAUGGGAAGUGAAGAUCGGAAAGGGAAGGAAUUGCAUUUUAAAACCGAUGACUUGCUAUUAAAGCUUCAAACUAAAAUAGUAUCUCCAUCAGAUGCCUGCAAUUACAUCAUGCAAUUUUUCAACUAUGCGGAGAACAUGGCAAACUAUCCGGCUUCUGGUUUUUCUUCAAAGGAAUUGAUAGUCUCUCAAGCCAACCUUCCAAAGGACACACUAUCUCUUCCAAAAGCUAACUCUUCAAUACCGAAAUACUCUUAUGACUCGAGCUACUCUAGGCCACACUCCGGUGCCUCAUCGAAAGAUCUUCAUCAAAAAGACCUCAAAGCUUCCAUCUUAAGCGAGCUAAAAAACGACGCUGAUCUUCAAUUAGCAGCUUUACUAAGCAAAGGCGGGAUCGAAAGUUUGGAGAGCAUUGUGCGGAUAAAGGAGGCAGAAGCGAAAAUGUUCCAAACUAAAGCAGACGAAGCGAGGAGAGAAGCAGAAGGGUUUCAGAAGAUGGUCAGCUUAAAGACUGCACAGAUGGAAGAUGAGUAUACAACAAAGCUUUCUAAACUGAGUUUGCAUGAGACCGAGGAAACGCAGAGGAGGAAGUUGGAUGACCUGAAAGUCGUGGAAAAUUCCUACUUCGAUUACUAUAAAAUGAAGAAGCGAAUGCAAGAUGAGAUCGAUGGUUUGUUGCAGAGAAUGGAGGCAACAAAGCAGCAAUGGAUUUAA